UGAUGAUUCUUCUAUGGACGAACUUUUUGAGUCAUGUGGGCUGGAGAUAUCCUCAGAGCCCAAUUUACUAGUUGAUAGUUGCUAUUUGUUCUUGAAGAACUUGGAAGACAAACUAACUUUGAAUGACCAGUUGAGCGAAGUAGUUGAGAAUGAGUUCAAACGAAUAUGCAGAGAUGAAGAAGAGAAAUUGGUUCUGCUGUUGAGUCCCGUUGAGUCAAAUGAUGCGAGCAACGAUAGUGUGGUCCAGUUGAUGCUUGGAAGCAGACAUCUGCAGUAUCCAGCUAUGGUGACGUUAUUAGAACUACUUGCUGAAAAGUAUCCAGACUGGAACCGAAACCAUGUUCAACUUCAUAGGCUGUCGCAGACAGCUACGUCACGUGAUUCACUGGCGUAUAGUCGGUUCACAAACACACAAUCUGUAAAUAUUCAAAAUGCAGUCAAAAACAAAACUUUUUCGAUCCCGCAGUUGAUAAUAAACCAUUUCAUGUGGGUUACGCAAAUACAUCCAAGUAUGGUAAACGAUGAGCCGAUUGCAGUUCGCAUAUCUCAAAUCUGCAAUGGGUUCAGUCAAGAUUUGAAAAGAGCGAUGUUGCAUUGUAUUUCGGUUCUGGCGACUGACAAAGCAUACCAUGACGUCAUUGCAAGUCGGCUAUUGGAAUUGGCGCAAGAUGACGAGAGAUUGUAUUCGGAAGUUGUUCAGGUAGUCAGCAGUUUGAGUGGAAUUUCGAUCGAGACUUCGCUGCAGAUGAGAACUGAUGUGUGCAAGAAGCUGAUGGAAUGCGAGGCUGCACAUGUUCCUCAGUUAGUGAAGUUCAUUCUGGAACAUCAGUAUAAAGAUUUCAAUGCGCAGGAAGUGUGUGACGCUUUGCAAAGUCUUCGUGUGUCGUUGGACAUGUCUAGGUUACUGGUUAGUGAAGAUUCGACCAGGAGAACUCAAGGGUCUCACCAGUCAAACUCCAGUCAGCAGAAGAAAGUCUCACAUGUUAGGAGUCUCAUUAAUGUGCUUCAUGUGCAACUGGUUCAGAGCAAGGCGCUUGCCAAGACGUGGUACGAGCUCCUGGAAGAUAAGAAAUGCAAGUUGAUGGAGGUGGACGUGAUAGUCCUCGUGAUCAUGAGCGAACUGGAAAUCAGUCCCAAGAAGCUGGAUAUAUUUGUCAAGCAGCAUGUCAAAAGUGGACAGCUUAGUGGCGAAUUGAUGAGAGAUACGUUGACAAAAUACAAGGAUCUCUGCAAAAUAUAUCAUCAAUCCCUUCUGGACUUACUAGCCGCACUGGUAGCCCAAAACGACCCUAACAUGAACGAAUUCGUGAUAGCAUAUGCAUCUGCAUUGUUCACGUGUGCGGAUGUGUUCACGAGACAAGAGAUAAUUGUGCUACUGGUGACUAAUAUUUGUACCAGUCACGAGGCUACCAACACAAUUUUUGGCAUCUUGGAUUCCGUGAUCAGUACCCAUAUCUCAUCUCUGCGGAAAUACUCUGAAUUCUUCACUGGUCUGUUCGAUCAAAUAGAGCACUUAGACUUGAAGCAAAUCCGGAAACUUUUUUCGCUUCUAACGGCACUGCAGCUCAAAAAAUCUUCAAAAGACUCGAUUGUCAAGUACGAAUUAUACGUGGUGAUCAAGAAACAACUAAAUGUGAAGUCUGAACGAAGUGGAAAAAUUGGUGUCACCGCCUCUUUCGCAACCAUGUCUCAAAUUUGUAAAAUUAUAUCAGUACACGAUGAUGAAAUUUACAACGAACAAAUGUCUAAUGAAAUACUGGAAAUUUUGGACUCGGUUACGAAAUGUGUCUCAUCGAAAAACAAGUUGAUGUGUCUGUAUUUUGAAGAAGUUUACGAAUUGCUCGAUUUGUAUAUGCGGAAUAAAUGUUUGAAAGUUUUUGUCGAGAGGAUCAUCCAAUCGGUAAUGUCAUUUGCAAAAUUUUUCAUCACAAAAAACGUUCAAAACCAUCUUGAGAAUCACAGUUUUGAAUCGAUUGCUUGUAACUUUCGGUUCAACUUGAUUGAUAAGUAUCAAUUCGCUUUUAAUUUACCCAGUAUAGUUCAAUCUCAGAGAAAUAAAGAGGCCUUAUCUUUGGCGUUGCCUUCUUUUGUCAAAUGCUUGUGGGUUGUGAACUCGAGUCCCGAAGGCCUGAAGAGCGCAAAAUCUUUCUCGAAAUUAAUCGGUGCUCCUUUCAUCUUUCCAGAUGACAAGUUUGAUUCUGAUUGCAACAAUAUGAAUUUAUCAACCAAGGAAUUGAAUUUUCUUUGUGAUUGUAAUUUACUUUUGGUUAAUGCGAUACGAGAAAUGUUAAAUUUGACGAUGAAGACUAAAAAUGUAUCAAUUUUAGAAGAUAAAUCUAGUUUCCUCAAUGUUUCGUUGCGAUUGAAACUACUAGAAGCCACGCAAAUUCGCUUCUUAGAAUUGCUUAAACUGGCAUCAACGUUCAGAUUACCGGGGAUAUGUAAUCCGUAUUUCUUACCAGAAAAAGCAACCGCUCAAAAUAUGAAAUCUGUGUGUUUGCCUCACCAGGUUUCGCUUGUUCCUAGUAAACAAUCCAAAACUGUGAAAACAAUUAAGAAAACCCGGAAGCGAAAACUAGUAAACAAUGAUGCUGAUGAAGAUGACGAAGGUGAUUUUGAAAAUGACGCGAUGACAUUUGCGUCGCGGUCAGAGGUUGGAACACAAGGCCCUAGUGGUGUAAAUAUUCUGACAGCUCCUUGUUCAUCAGAUCAGCUCUCACUAAAUGCUGUGUCUCUGUCUGGCACGCCACAGGCACAAACAAUCACAAAAUCAGCAUAUGCGGCCUACUUGAGAGAACUGGAUUUGAGAGUGUUCCAGCUCCUCAACCCAAAGGUGAACAAAUUAACACCAGAUGAUUAUGUCGAUCAAGAUAGCUUGUUGCCACCAAGGAUACUACUUGUCUUGUUAGAGGAGUUCUACUCUAAAAUGAAGUUUGCUCUGCUUGGAAGAAAUGAAAUAUCUGCGACGAACAAGGAAAAGUUGAUGGGUCUAAAUAUCAAUGGAUAUUUCAAUUUGGUACAAAUGAGCAGUGCUGAAAUUGGAACUGAGAUUCGUGAUUUGUUUUCAGUUUUGUUUGAUGUCGUGCAAGCAAUUAGUGAUCAUCUGGGUUCGGUUAUUCAGGAUAACAAUGGAAUAUUAGACUGUGAUGACAUGUCAUCGGCUGAAAACAUGCAGCUCACUCAAUCUUUCUCUGUCAUAUUUCGAAUCAUCUAUUCAGUCAUGAACUGGAAACUUUUCAAAGAGCAUGUCAAAACAUCAAGAAGCAAUGAAGAGAUACCACUGACACUGGAAAGCUUCCUUGAAGGAAUUUCAAAUAGCCAUUUGAAUGUGCCAGAACUUGUAAAACCAAGCCUUCUGGACUUAUUAGAUGCAGUAAAACAGUUUUUCAUUAACCUAAAUGAGUCCGUGACAAAUAUCACAACAGCUUACGAGUUAUGUUUACUUUGUAAUUUGAUAGCCAAAAUAGCGGAUGAGUCAGUAUCAAUGAACAACUCAAGAACAGCUUUGAUUUCAGUUGAUCAGUUUGAACCUGUGGCUGAUCUUGCAUGUCUGUUUUUAAAACGAAAAUGGACCGAUUGUUUUGGAGACGCCUCUGAUUCGCAAAAUGAACAAAUUGGACAAAUUUCAGCGUCCUCCUACAACACAGCGAUCUCUCAGCUGUCAAAUUUCUACUUCUUUGGAAGUCAGAACCCGUUUCGAUGUAUUGAACGAACUAUAAAAAUGAUCGCAAAAGGAGUGAUUUCAGACCUGAAUGAAAGUAGUCUGGCUUCAACUUGUGCCGUUGCUCCUUUUCCAGCUGUUACAACUGAAAGUUUUCCUGCUUUCUACAGGUCAGGCUGGAGCAUGCUGAUAUAUUUCUCGAAGAAAAUCCCUCUCAUAAAUAAAAAGGAUUGUCUGAAAAAAGACCCGCAAUCGGUAAACUGGAGAAAUUUUUGCAUGCAAGAAUGGUUCAAAUGUGUGAAAUGCCUUUAUACAUGUCUCAAAGUAGCAAAAUUGAUGAAAUCAAGGUUAAUUUUUAACCCAAUUAUUCGGGGUUCAAUUGCUCUAAUGGAGCAGUUCGUCAAAAAGGCAAUACCGUUGUUGGAAAUAACAUUCAAGCUUUAUGUUACUGAUGUCAAAGCGAUGUUAAGAAACAUACGAGAGUGUUCACAAGACUUGCAAAUCGUUUGUACGCAUUCGAAAGUAACAAAUGAUUUGUCUCUGAUGCGAAAUGUACCAAAGUUGCGGAAAAACUUGGAAAGUUUGCUGUAUAAUAUAAAAUCAGUUUUCGCAUACCAUGGUUGUCUAGAUCAGUUUUCAAUGGUACCACUGAGAAAUAGAGCUUUGAAUGGGGAGGAAAUUUUUUCCCAGCGAGAUUUACCAAAUGAAAGCGUGACGUCAAUUGAUGAAAAUGAACUCAGUGACGAUGAUGGAAACGCAAGUGACAGUAAUGAUGUCACAAAUUCAAGAAACGAAAUGCUGUCAUCGCAAGUUUUACGAGAAAGAAACAAUCACUCGGAUGCGUCGUCGGAUGCGGAUUCGUUUACCUCUUCGAACAAUCAAAAUAGAGCAGGAACUCGACAACUGGUUUUGUCGGAAGCGGAAUCUGAAGUUGAAGAUGCCGACCGAGUGUCAGUCACUGCUGGUAAUGCAUCAGUUUCAGAUGAUUCAAACCAGAAUGUUUCGGAGAAUAGAAGCUCUAACCGAAAAAGAAAGUCAACUAAAGUCGAAACUAGCCAAAGUGACGACGAUGAUGAAGGUUCUGAAGACAGCAGUGAUUGUGAAGCUAGCAAUGCCUGUGCUAGUCCAUCUUACUAGCUUUGAGUUUUGAGUGACAUGUUUCCAAAUUGAAAAUUCACGUGCUAAUAAUUUUUUGUUGCUAAAUUAAUAAAUGGCUGAGCUCUGAAACUAAUAAAUUUUAAAUUAAUUUAAUAAUUUGUUAUUUGUGUUGCUGUGUAACUUUGAAAAUUUGAUUAUUGAUUUUUUUUUGUCAUAAAUGUUUCCUUUUAA